UUUGUUGAAAAGGGUCCUUCUCAUUUGUGUGAGUCAUGCUUUUGCUGUGAGCGAGUUGGCAGCUCUAAGCAGGACUGAGAUCUCAGUCACAGAAAACUGUUACUUCACCCAACCUUAACAAGGAACCAAAAGAAAUUUCUUAAAUAUAUAGUUUUUCAUUUUUCCUUAUACUCUUUUUCUUUUUUACCCUAAACUCUUGUUAACCCUCCGUGCUGUUAUGAAUUGCUUGCUAUGUUAGUACAGGCAUCUCCUGCAUUGGCAUCAGAUUUGCCAGAACGUAUGCAGGAAAGCAGAUAGAAGGGCAUGCUUCAACGUACAAAGUAUAACCGCUUCAGGAAUGAUUCUGUGACAUCUGUUGAUGAUCUUAUUCACAAUUUGCCCAUGAACAGCAAGGUCUCAGGAGUUGCUACAACUUCAGCUUCACCUUCGUACCUGGUCUCACCAGAGGUUCUCCGCAAGGACCAAGAAGAUGGACCCAGCACCCUGUGUACCCUCAUCCAUAAAGUGUCCCACUUGAAACUCUCUAGCACGGGCAGCCUUUUGGGUAUCAAAAACCUCUCCUCUGCAGUAAAGGAGCUUGCUGUCUCCAAAUUGCAGGGAAGCUCGAGUGCUUCUAGUUCAGCAGCAGGGGCUUCAGACAACACAUGUAACCUUGUCUCUGCCACUUCGUGUUCUCAGCAGGACGUGAGCAAGAUGAGUAUGGGGAAAAAAGCACGGUCAGAGGAAAUGCACCUGGGAAGUGAAGAUUGGAAUCAAACUAGCAGUUUUGUCAAUAAAUCCUCUCGAGGAUGGCUGCACUCGAGUGAGAAGAUCCUGGGACCUGGUGUGACGUACAUUGUGAAGUACUUGGGCUGUAUAGAAGUCUUACGGUCAAUGAGAUCUCUUGACUUCAGUACUAGAAUGCAGGUUGCAAGGGAAGCAAUCAGUCGUGUUUGUGAAGCCAUGCCUGGUGCCAAAAGAGCCUUCAAGAAACGAAAGCCACCAAGCAAAGUCCUUUCUAGCAUCUUGGGAAAGAGCAAUCUUCAGUUUGCAGGAAUGAGCAUAAUGUUGAAUAUCUCCACCAGCAGCUUAAAUCUAAUGAAUCCAGAUACAAAACAGAUCAUAGCAAAUCACCAUAUGCAAUCCAUCUCCUUUGCGUCUGGAGGUGAUCCGGAUACUUCAGACUAUAUUGCAUAUGUAGCUAAGGAUCCUGUUAAUCGUAGAGCUUGUCAUAUACUGGAAUGCUGUGAUGGCCUGGCCCAGGAUGUCAUCAGCACCAUAGGGCAAGCAUUCGAGCUUCGAUUUAAGCAGUACUUGCAAUGCCCCUCUAAGACACCUACUUUAUCUGAUAGGACGCAGAGUUUUGAGGACCCAUGGACAGAGGAAGAUAACGAGGCAACAGAGCAUCCCUAUUACAACAACAUCCCAAAUAAAAUACCUCCCCCUGGCGGAUUCCUUGAUGCCAGGCUCAAAACAAGGCUUCUCACUGCUGCAGACACAGCUCAGUCUGCAUCAGGAAUGGGAGGAGAGCAAAUUUAUUAUCAGAGCCAUCACUUAGGAGAAAAAUUCAGUGAAGAAUGGCAUCAUGGGCCUGUUAAACAAGGAUCUCUGGAUAUUUGUAGUAUGUCAGAAGAGAAAUCAGAAGUAGCACCAACUGGAGAGCUGCCAAUAUAUGUAAACACCCAGCAUAUAAAUAGGGAAGAUCUAUUGGCACUUCAGGCAGAUGCUGAAAGUGCCUUCAGUGGAACAGCAGAGGAUGCUCAAGCAAGCAGCCCAGGAAAGGAUCUGUUUGACAUGAGACCAUUUGAAGAUGCUCUCAAGAAUCAAGCAUCUGAGGCUAUGUUGAAGAAAUCCACCUCCAUGGGAUGCACCAGUCCUCCUUUAUCCAGAGCAGCUGUCCGGACUGAAGCUGAGGAGCUGAGUACAGAGCCAUGGUAUCAAGGAGAGAUGAGCAGGAAAGAAGCAGAACAGCUAUUAAAGAAAUGUGGAGAUUUCCUUGUGAGGAAGAGUACCACGAAUCCUGGCUCUUAUGUGCUGACAGGCAUGCACAAAGGACAAGCCAAGCAUCUUCUUUUGGUGGACCCAGAAGGAACUGUUCGUACAAAAGAUCGUGUCUUUGACAGCAUAAGUCAUCUCAUCAACUAUCACCUUGAGAAUAAUUUGCCUAUAGUUUCUUCAGUGAGUGAACUCUGCCUGCAACAGCCUGCUGAAAGAAAACACUGACUCCAGAUAACUCUUUUAGUUAUUGCAACUUGCAAGCUAUAACUCAUAGAAAUUGCAGAUUUGAAAGGAAAAUGUACAUUAAAAAACCCCCACAUAGUCACAUACAUUUCACAAGUAUGUUUUAAAUUUAAGAAGCCCCAUUUCAUAUGGUCCACAUAUUGAACAUUUUCAAUGCUUUAUGUGACAUGAAAUCACAUCAGAAACCUUUCUUAAAAGUAAUUUCACCAAAAUUGUUCAGAUUCUCUAAUGUGAA